UUGCUUGAACCUCCUCCAAAAGCCAACGAGAUAAUAUAAGGCUAAGAUGAGAGUUAGGUACAACUCAAAGUCCUCGCAUACACACUCGCACGUGGGAAUUACAUUUUCGGUCACGAUUAUAUCGUGGUUUGGCGAUAAAUGUGUUAUCAUUCUUGGGUUAGCGAGUUCAUAAGACCUCCAUAUAUAUAACGCCUAGGCUAGGGGGGAGAGGAGAGAGGAGGAACGGUAGACGCUGAAGAGGAAGGAAGCCCCGUUCAACGAAACGAACGAAACGAACGCCAACGAACGACACGCGUGCCAUCGUCCUUAUCUUCCCUCUCUGAACGCCGUCGUUAGCCUCAACGUUCUAACUCGGUUACCUUGUCAUCGUCAUGGCUGAAGUUGAAAGGAUCAGUUCUUCUUCCAUUGAGAAUAAGGAAAUACAGCCUGCCACCACUCGCCCUAUCGCCAAUCCUACUGCCGUCCAAACUAUUGAUGAACGCCGCCGUCAAGCUUUGGCUGAAAUUGACAAUGCUAAGUUCGGCUGGUUCCAUCUUCGAACAUGUAUCGUCGCCGGAAUUGGUUUCCUAACGGACGCGUACGACCUUUUCGCCAUCAACAUCGGAGCGAGCAUGAUCGGGUACGUAUAUGCCAAAGGUGGAGCCCUCAACGUCAAUCAGGAUUUGGGGCUUAAAGUUGCCGCGCCUAUCGGAACGCUCACUGGCCAAUUGCUUUUCGGAUGGUUGGCUGAUAUCCUUGGUCGCAAGAGGAUGUACGGUAUCGAACUCAUCAUCAUCAUCAUCGGAACGUUCGCACAAGCCCUCUCUGGACAAGGUCCAGCCGUAAACAUCCUUGGAACCCUCAUCGUAUGGCGUUUCCUAAUGGGGAUAGGUAUAGGAGGAGAUUACCCCCUCUCGGCCGUCAUCACAUCUGAAUUCGCCGGUUCGCGGAUGAGAGGUCGUAUGAUGACCGCCGUGUUCGCCAACCAAGGGUGGGGUCAACUCGGUGGUGGGAUCGUCGGACUCGUCGUCGUUCAAGCCUACAAGAAUAAGAUCCUUAGCGGUCCUGCUACGGGUGCACCCAACGUCGAUUACUGUUGGAGGUUGUUGAUCGGAUUGGGAUGUGUACCUGGUGUGAUCGCACUUUAUUUCCGGUUGACGAUUCCGGAGACGCCUAGGUUCACGAUGGAUAUCGAACGGAACGUUCAACAGGCUUCUCAGGAUGUGGAGACUUUCUUCUCCUCUGGGAGGUACUUUGUGGAUGAGGAUGCUGUCGUUCAGAAGGUUGAGGCUCCGAGGAUGGGUUGGUCGGAUUUCGUACAGUAUUUCCGAAAGUGGGAAAAUGGGAAGGUCUUGUUUGGGACCUCUUACUCAUGGUUUGCCCUCGAUAUUGCCUUCUAUGGUCUUGGUCUGAACUCUGCCGUCAUCCUAACUGCCAUCGGCUAUGGCUCCCUCUCUAAAUCCGACGCCGCCAAACACGGUCAUGCGUUCGCCGUCUAUCAGAACCUUCACAACAUUUGUGUUGGGAACAUCAUCCUUUCCGUCGCAGGUCUCAUCCCCGGUUACUGGGUGGCGUUCUUCCUCAUCGACAGGAUCGGUCGUAAACCUAUUCAAUUGAUGGGCUUCAUCGUUCUGACGAUCAUCUUUUGUGCGAUGGGAUUCGGGUACGACCGGAUGGUGAAUCAUGGGGCGAAGAGUGCGUUCGUUGCGCUUUACUGCUUGGCGAACUUCUUCCAGAAUUUCGGACCGAACACGACGACGUUCGUCAUUCCUGGUGAGAUCUUUCCAACACGUUAUCGCUCUACGGGCCAUGGGAUCAGUGCGGCUUCGGGGAAAUUGGGCGCGAUCGUCGCUCAGGUUGGGUUCUCACGACUGAAAGAUAUCGGAGGACCGAAUGCGUUCGUGAAACAUAUUUUGGAGAUCUUUGCGUUCUUCAUGAUGACGGGUAUCUUUUCGACGUUGUUGAUUCCGGAGACGAUGGGGAGGACGUUGGAGGAUCUUUCGAACGAGCCGCAGCAAGGAUUCGUUCGGGGUGUUAAAACGACGACUGUGGAUCAAAGUGGACUCAUCCAGAUGGGUACGCGGUAGAAGCCGAGGACGUG